AUGGCAAAGUCUGCUGAAAAGAAGGCGGUAAAUGCCACGGUGAAGAAAGCCGCUGGGAAGACAUCCGCAACACUUACUGCUAAACGCAAGGGCAGUGCAGUCUCCGACUUAGAAGACAGUGACACCAAUGACGCAGCAAAGAAGCGGCCAAAGCGUCUGCGCAAACCGUCCCGCCGUGCCAAGGAGGCCAAGGAAGCUGAAGAAGAUGAGGACACAGGGGAAGAUGACACCAGCGACGGUAGCUCCACAGAUGACGAAGAUAGUGACAAAGUCGUUGAAGUGGAUGCAGGCUCUAUUGCUGAUGGCAGCGAAGCUCCUAUUGAAGUCGAUGACGAUGACGUUGUUUCGCUUAAAGAAGCAGAAGUAGUCGCUCUGAAGGGUGAGACGACCCGCGAUCUCGACCUCUUCUUCACUCAGAGCACCAAGCUCAAGCUCAAGAGUCCUCUCGAUGGCAGUGUCACUAUAGAAAUUGGUAGAUGGUGCACAGUAUGCCGAGAUGAUCUCAAAGCUAAGGGAUUCAAGCACCGCCCUCGUGGCUGGCUUGUUGGAGGCAACUCAAGCCUUCGCCGCCAUAUCGCCUCACGCCACUAUUCACUCUACCAAACACGCUGCAAAGAGGCAGACAUCAAAGAGAGCAAAGAAGCAAUUCCCUCCAAGGUCCGCAAGGCGCGCGAAGCUGUGGCUGCAGCUGCUUCCAAGACAACAAAGACCGCUGUUCAGUCGUCAUUGGACGGCGUUGUUCAGAAGCUCGCCAAGAUACCUGAGUUCAACAAGUGGACAGUCCUCGAUGCAGUUAGCACGCUGAUUGUGGUAUGCAACUUGCCUCUCGCACUCGCUGACGAAGUCGCUUUCACCAACGUUCUUGUUGUCAUGCGUCCAAAGACCACACGCGAAGAGCUUCUGACAACCUGGACAGUGCGGCAGAACAUCUGCAACAAGUUCGUCGAGUAUAUCAGCAAUAUCAAGGCAGCAAUCGAGAACACACCUGGUGAGGUCUCUGUCAAUUGGGAUCUAUGGACGCGUGAGCACACGAGCGACCCGUGCUUUGGCAUCACGGGUCAGUGGAUCGACGUCUCCCCUGAUGGCUGGAAGCUCCGUUCUGAGGCAUCAUCUCCCAAAUGA